AUGGUCGCGAAGGACGGCGAAGUCGUUCCACUCGAAGUGGGUUAUUUGUCUACACGGGAGAGGCUGUUAUCGAGCUCGGAGUGUACAGUGUGUUUGAGUGACUUCAACGAGGGGGAGUUGAUCCGGUUCCUUUGGCCAUGCGAGCAUCAGUUCCACGUCACGUGCAUCGAUCAUUGGCUCGCCACCAAGACCACGUGUCCCGUGUGCCGAACGGACCUCCGAUUGCCAGAUCCGGCGAUUGCGAUUACCAAGGAUUUGGAGGUAACUAAGGUGGAGGGAGGAGACGACAACGAAGUCUGA